AUGUCUGCCGCGAUCCUCAUCUUCAAGUACCUCAACCGCCGCUACAAGAAAUACCAAGCCGAGAAAAACGGCCAGCCCUACUCAGAACUCGACGACGAGGACCUUCAACCACUGUACGACGAGACCCUACCGGACGGCUCACGCAUACCGCCUCCUACAGCCGAAGAGAUCAACUUCCUGCAGCGGAACGGCCUAGGCAACGGUCUUGACUGGAAGAACUGGCGCAAGUACUUCACCAGAGAGUACUAUACGUUCAAGAAGCUGCUGAGCGUGUUCUUCGGGUUGAUCGGCCUCACGCUCCUCAUUCUGUCCGUCGUCUACAACAGCAAGAUACUGCAGUGGCUGGCGCCUAUCGGGGAGAAAUGGAGAGCUUUGCCUGGAGGGUGGUUGAUCCCCAUCGCCAUUCUCAUCGUACUGUCCUACCCUCCGCUCUUCGGACAAGAAGUCAUUUGUACUGUCUGCGGUGUGGUUUGGGGCACAGGCUUGGGCUUUGCUAUCGCAGCAGCCGGCACCGUCGUGGGCGAGAUCAUAGAGUUCUUCGUCUUCCGACUUGCCUGCCGCGGCCGUAGCGGCAAGUUCGAGGAGAAGAGCCUGGUAUGGGGUUUACUCGCCAGGAUCACUCGGACUGGGGGCUUCACUAUCGUCUUGAUGGCGCGUUUGAGCUUUCUCCCGUCGCACUUUACUACGAUCGUGUUCGCCAUGGCCGGUACCAACUUCUGGAAGUUCCUCGUGGCACUCAUCGUCUCGCUCAUCCAACCCUUCACGUACGUCUACCUCGGCGCGGUGGCCAUCCAGAAAGCGGAGCACAAGGAAGACAACACCUCGCAGACCGUGAGCACCCUUACGACCGUCGCAAGCGUCAUCAUCGGUUUGGCCGCGAUGCUCUAUAUCAACGUCAAAGCGAACAAGGCGAAGCCUGACUUCAUCACGGAACGUCGAUUGGCGAGGCGAGCAGAGGCCUUCGAGAGCAGGGCUGGAUCCCCUGGACCUAGUCGUUCAAUCACGCCGUUCCAGGGUACUCGGCCCAGUUCGCCUACACUUUCGGGAGGGCCGUAUCAGGCUCCCAAGGGUGCCGAGUCUCAAUACUCGUAUGCGUCAUUCGACACUGUCUGA